UGAGACACACAAGAGGAAAUCAAAUUGGCAAUGGAAAUCUUAAAGAAGUUGAUCUUCUGUGCAUUCAUAAGUGCAGCUUCUCUUGUAGUCCUGAUUCACGCCCAGAGUCAAUCAGGUUUUAUUAGCAUAGAUUGUGGGAUACCUGAAAAUUCUAGCUAUACGGACAAGAUGACAGGCAUAAAUUACACUUCAGAUGCAAAUUUCAUAGAGACCGGUGUAAGCAAUAAUAUAUCAUCUGACUACAUCCGAAACAGCCUUGAACAACAAUUCAUGAGCGUGAGAAGCUUCCCCGAGGGAAAAAGAAAUUGUUACACCUUGAAACUUGCUCGUGGCGAUACUAAGUUUUUAAUUAGAGCAAGAUUCAUGUACGGAAAUUAUGAUGGCCAAGGUAAAGUACCAAGGUUUAAUCUCCUUCUUGAAGCUGAUCUCUGGGAUUCAAUAGAACUUACAAAUGCAUCCACUAUUGUCACCAAGGAGAUCCUCCAUAUUCCCCAGAAGAACAAUAUAUAUGUCUGUCUUGAAAACACAGGCUCUGGAACACCUUUCAUAUCAGCAUUGGAAUUAAGGCGUCUGAAAAAUUCAACUUAUCAAACUGGCACAGGAUCAUUACUACUCUUUCGGCGGUGGGAUUUUGGUUCAACAACAAAUAAACCAAUCAGGUACAAAGAUGACGUUUAUGAUCGCAUAUGGUCUCCCUACAACUGCUACAACUGCAAAUCAAUAAAUAACUCGCUCAAAGUCUUCUAUGAGAACGAUUAUGAUAUACCGUCUACCGUCAUGCAGACUGCGGCUGUACCGGCAGAUACCAAUUCUUUGCAGUUCAAUAUCAAGCCUACUGAUGCAAGCUUCCAAUAUUAUGACGACUUCUACUUUGCUGAGGUUAAAAGUCUCCCAUCCAACCAGACUAGAGAAAUUGACAUAUUUUUUAAUGGAAGGAAAUGGUCGGAUGAGUCUGAAUUUCCUAGAUACUUAGAGGGAGACGGCUACCACGGCCUAUUAGCCAAAGGCGAAAAUAAAAUUGAGCUUUCAGUCAACAAAAUUGGGAAUUCGACGCUACCGCCCAUCCUCAAUGCCUUCGAGAUUUAUAGAGUGCAAGAGUUUCAGCAACUGCUAACAAACCAAAACGAUGUUGAUGCCAUCAUGAAUAUAAAGUCAAAAUAUGGAGUGAAAAGAAAUUGGCAAGAAGAUCCAUGUGCACCUAAACGUCACUUGUGGCAAGGUCUUAAUUGCAGCUACGAUGAUUAUGAUGCCCCAAAUAUCAUAUCUCUAAACCUGACAGGAAACAGACUUGAAGGUUCAAUUCCAGUUGGACUCAUGGAAAUGAAGAAGAAUGGUCUGAUACUAAGAACACAAUCCUAUNAUAUUUCGGAUAGGUUGACUGAAAAAAGUGAUGUGUAUAGCUUUGGAGUGGUUCUCUUAGAGUUAAUGACAUGCAAACCUGUGAUUGAGAAAUCCCAAGAGAGAACUCACAUCAGUCAAUGGGUGAGUUUCAUGCUUGCAAAGGCAGAUAUUAAAAACAUAGUAGAUCCAAGAUUACAGGGUGACUUCGACAUUAACUCUGUUCGGAAAGCUGUAGAAAUAGCAAUGGCUUGUAUAUCUCCAACUGCCACCAAAAGGCCAACCAUGACUAAAGUUGUGAUCGAAUUGAAUGAGUGUUUGGCAAUGGAAAUAGCUCGUAAGAAGGUGGACAAUGACAUUGAAUCAAAAGAUUCAAUUGAAUUGUACAAUUCAGAUCAUCAUGCUGAAUCAUAUCUCACAACAAGGUCUAUGCUCAGAAUGUCUUGCAUUUCCGAAUCUUUUGUAGCCGUGAUUCGCGCCCAGAGUCAAUCAGUUGCUUUUGCUCUUAUACUUCUGCAGGUCUAUGCUCAGGAACCAGGAUUCGUCAGCAUUGAUUGCGGAGCAAACUCAAACUACACUGAUUCACAAACUGGCCUUUAUUACGUUUCCGAUGCAGGCUUCAUAGAAACUGGGAUAAGUAGCAGUGUAGCACUAUCGUAUCAAUCAGAUAGCCUUGAACAACCGUUAUGGACUCUCAGAAGCUUUCCUGAAGGUUCCGGGACACCAUUGAUUUCAUCUUUAGAAUUCAAUCCUCUGAAAAAUAGCACUUAUGUGACUGAAUUUGGGUCGCUUGUAAUCUAUGCAAGGAUGAAUGUUCAACCAAUUACAACUGAAAUACUCAGGUAUCCGGAUGAUGCUUUUGAUCGAAAAUGGAUACCGUAUAACCAUCCCAACUGGGAACAAUUAACUACAUGA